AUUCACUUAAAUUAUUUGUCUCUUUUACUAUCCCAAAGACUUUUAAUUAACAAAAGAUAAAUUUAGCACUUUUCUAAAUUAAAAACACACAGAGAUAUUUAUACUUUACUUUUGAAAAUAACUAAAUUUCUUUUAUGAUAUAUAAAAAAAGUUGAAGACUGACUCUAAAAUCCUAGAUUCCUUUAUCAAGAAAUCAGGAAUUUAAAAUUGGUGAGAUUAAGAACUUGAAAAUCUUAUGCUAUAAUUGGAUAUUACAUCCUAAAAUUAUGUUGUUUUAAAAAGAUAUUUCCAAAAUAAAUUGAUAAGUUAUAGUAAAAAGUCUAUAAAUAUAUGUCUGACUGCAUACAGUCAACCAAUUUAUACACGUUUUAUUAAUAACACUUUGACCAGAAAAAAAAUAGUUUACACUAUAUUAGUAUAAUUGUUUGGAGAAUAGAGGUCAAACGGUUUCAAAACGUAAAUGUAUAGUUUUGUGGCCUGUUAUCAUUAUUACUGACCAAGAGUAAGAGAGAAGAAUGCAAUCGUCUAAUGAAAAAGCCUCUAAACUUUUGAGUUUUCUUUUGAUUAUAGUAUUUGUUAACCAUGUAUUUUGCGACGGAAAUGGAACCAUCUCCGAUUUGAAUCUCACAGUUAGCAUAUCUCCGCAUCCAUUACCUGUAGAGACAAGCUUCAAGAUUCCUUCUCCAUUACCUGUAGAGACAAGUUUCAAGUUUCCUUCUCCGUUGCCUGUUAUCCCUCCGGGUGGUGAGAAAAACUUCGGGAAUGGAAAGAUAGAUCUUGGAGGUCUUGAGGUGAUCCAAGUCUCCAUCUCAGAGUCAACGUCACAGAGGGUAUGGAGAGCAUUCGAGGGAGGGCCCGACAACAUGGGAGUCAGCAUCUUUGAACCCAUCAAUCUUCCUGCUGGUUUCUUCACACUUGGUUUCUAUGCACAACCCAACAACCGUAUGCUUUUCGGUUGGGUUCUUGUUGCAAAAGACGUAUCCGGGAAUAACUUGAGACCACCAGUUGACUACAUGGAACUCGGUAACACUACCUCAGUCGUCGUCAAGCAAGAGGGGCCAGCAUAUUUUUGGCAGCCUUUAUGUCCCAACGGGUAUGGAGCGGUUGGCGUGUUUGUCACUACUUCUCCGGUGAAGCCAUCUUUAAGACAAGAAACAAUAAGCUGUGUCAGAUCGGAUCAUACGGAACAGAUGAGCGAAGCCGAUGCAUGGGUAUGGGGGAUAGAAGGAGUUACUGUUUCUAGUUUGAGACCUGCAAACAGAGGAACAGAGGCAGCUGGUGUGUACACAGGGACAUUCAGCUUUCAGCAACUAAAUUUUCCUCUUCCGUCUUUGUCCUGCCUGAGAAAUACAAAAUUUGACUUGUCUAGCAUGCCAAGCCAAGAUCAGACUAGAGAUUUAUUUCGAGCCUAUUCUCCUUUGAUUUAUUUUCAUCCGAAUGAGGAGUUCCUUCCUUCCUCUGUCGAUUGGGUUUUCUCCAACGGUGCCUUGUUAUACCAGAAAGGUAACGAAUCUAACCCCGUCCCGGUUCAACCCAACGGUUCAAACCUUCCUCAAGGCGGCUCGGACGAUGGCUUAUACUGGAUGGAUUAUCCAGCCGAUGAGAGUGCCAGGGAAAGGGUUAAGAGGGGAGACUUAGGAAACACAAAAGUGUAUCUACACAUCAAGCCAAUGUUUGGAGGCACUUUCACUGACAUUGUCGUCUGGAUAUUCCUUCCUUUCAACGGCAAUGCCCACCUCAAGAUUUUAUUCAUGAAGAGCCUCUCCCUAGGGAAUGUCGGUGAACAUAUUGGAGAUUGGGAACACGUUACCUUGCGGAUCAGCAACUUCAACGGCGAAUUGUGGCGUGUCUACUUCUCUGAGCACAGUGGAGGAAGUCUAGUGGAGGCAUGCGAUCUAGAGUUCCAAGGUGGAAACAAGCCUGUGGCUUACGCGUCUUUUCACGGACACGCAAUGUUCUCAAGACCCGGACUCGUGUUGCAAGGCCAAGACGGGAACGGCAUAAGGAAUGACAUGGCGAGAAGUGACAAGUUCUUUGAUACUAGUACUGGUUAUGAGGUGAUUGCAGGACAAGGAAUCGUGGAGCCACCGUGGCUAAAUUAUUUUAGGAAAUGGGGACCAACCGUCCAACAUGACCUUGAAAAGACCAUUGACGGUUUUGCCAAGACAUUGCCCGGAUUUUUGCGUAAGAAAUUCCGUGAGCUCACUGACAAAAUACCACAUGAAGUCCUUGAAGAAGAGGGUCCCACUGGACCCAAAGUCAAACAGUCUUGGAACGCUGAUGAAUAAUAUUCAUUCACUCAUUCCUGUCUCGGAUCCUCAUAUUUAAUUAAACUAAAAUAAAUAAACAAACUACAUUGGCUAUUUGAU